GGAGUGAGCAUUUAGAUAAGCUCUUGAGAAGCAAAGAUACAGCCCAGUGUCAAUACAGAAGAGCUGAAGAAGACCAUCAAUGUGAAAGAGAAUACAUGAUAAACCACCAUUAAGUAUUUUGGAGAUUAUUCUGUGGAGGAAGUUUAAAGAGCUGUUUUGUUUUUAUUGCACAUACACAAUCACAGAGAUCCAUGAGUCCAUUCUUUUCUUGUUGCCAUGGGCAACUACAACUCUUCACUGAUUUCUGAAGUUGAAGAAUUCAAGUCCAUCAUUUCAACUUUGGAGAGCCAGCGUACUCUUAUUGAGCAACACAGACUGGAGAGCACACAGACAAUAAAUCAUGCCAUUGCUGAGGAACAAAAAGGACAGGAAAUGAAUGAAGUGAAGCAGGAACCAGACCUGCUGGCCCUCAAGUUUCUCUUUAUUAACACAGACACACCUGAUGACAUCACAGAACCUGUCCAGAAUGGGAACCCUGCUCCAAAGCCAGAGGAUGUAUCUUCUUUAUCUCCUGGCAGUGAUAUGGCUUCAUCCCUGCCCGCUCUGCUCUCUGCUGCUCUCUCUGGAUCAUUACCAGCUAAAUCCAGAGCAGCCCCGCAGGGCCCUGUCACAGUGGAGCAGAUGAAAGUGCAGCUUCAAAAAAUACAGGAUGAACUGGACCUGCUUAAAGCUCAGCAUAAAAAAGAGAUCAGACUGUUGAUGAAUGAACUGGACGAGGAGAAGAAGAUGCGUUUGUCACUGCAAAUUGAUGUAGAACGCAUUAAGAAACACUUGUCCAAGUGACCCAACAAUUUCAAAGCAAAGUGUACAGAUAUGCUACUGCAUAGGCGGAGUUUCAAGUUUGUGAUUGGGGGCACCUACCGACAAACUAGGGUACUGCAAUACUUAGCUAGAGGGCGGGUUCAUGGAUUUUUUAAAUAUGUUUUAAACUAUUUUAGCCUUAAGUUACACAGUCUACAUAUUAAAAUAUAAAGAUAAGACAAAUAAAAUAUGAAUUCGCAUAUGUUUUUAUUUCAUUAAUAGCUCAGACAAAAUCAAACUCCGGCUAUGUGCUACUGAGACUCUGAAAUGAUGGCAAAUGGAAAUGUGCAAAUAGAAUAUAUGAAGAUUUUGUAAAACACGUUAUGUUAAUGCCUUACAUUGCAUUUUAUUUAUAUGCUUUUUGAUGUUUUUGACAAUGGACAAUGACACGCAGACAUUAGGCUUGUUCGACUUCAUGCGGCGCCGCUAGAACUGACAGGCGGGUGACGUCAAAGUGCCGCGAGAGCCAGACGAAAUUACACUUUGUAUGAUUUCUCGAAUCGUUCUCGCGGUACUUCGACGUCAUCCGGCUGUCGGUUGUUGUAGCGCCGCAUAAAGUCGAACAAACCUAAUAAUAACCUGAAGCUGAUCAAAUUCAUGCAUUUUCUUUAUGCUUGAACUACUUAUUUUAAACUCUAAGUUUCAUUUAUUCUGUGUUUUAUGUCUAAUUUGUUAUAAUGGAAAUUUAACGUCAUAUCUCUUUUUAAUUUAUGUGGUGGAUAAGGAAAAAUGUUUAACAUAUGAAGCAAUAUAAUUAAAUAUUACACAAUCUUG